CCGCCACAACGACCCACGGCAGUAUCCAAACCUCCAACGCGCACGAUGGUCGAAGGUGGUUACGUGAUUCCCACGCUAGAAUCGGACGGCCCAACGGUACCUUCCGCACCUACGGAGGACCAUGUGCGGCAGUCGCGUCAUGUUCCAGAGGCUACGUGGAGCUUCACAAAGAAGCAAGUCGCCGAGGCCAUUCUUGGGCUUUGCUACCUCCUCAUUUCACUAGCUUGCGGCGUCUGGUACGUCUACACGCUUCAGCCCAGCUUCGUCAACGACCUUUGGUGGGCCGGCUUCAAUCUCACGGGCCACGAAGCUUUUCUCGUCGACCUUGUCAACGCUGUCCUCUCUACGACCGCCGCCACCUCGCUCAGCAUCUAUGCACCGAGUGCGAUGGUUCAGAAGACAUAUGCGUCUCCCGUUUCGUACACCAACGUCCCGCCCACGUACGCCCGCCACGUCAUCUUCAACGAGCUCACGUCGAUCGAGUACGCCGUGCCGCAGCUACGUCUGCUCAGCGCGAGCUGGUCGAUGCGCGUCAACGUACAGCAUUGCUGGGUGGACUUUGAGCGGUCGUUCGAGGUGGCGCAUACUACCAAGCGGCAGCAGCGCUGCUUCGAGCACUACGCGACGAACGCGGGCGUGUACAUGGAGGCGAUUCUGCGCAAUGUGGUGUGGGCCGACUAUCUGUCCAUUUGGGGAGGCGACAACGCACCAUUUACCGUUUCCAUUCAGCUCCCACUGCAAGAGACGGUGCGUGGCCGCACCUUCCUAAGCACGAUGGCAACGGUGCGGAGCUCGACGACGGUCGAUGACGAACUCGCGUACUGGCGGACGUUUGGCUUGACGUCGUUCACGGCACAGUGGCAAAACCGGUGGCAGGCUGGCGUCACCGAGUCGAUCGAGCUAGAAAACGCAUUGGGCAUGCGCCAGCUUGUGACGUUGAAGAACUUGCCCCGGGGUACUGGACCGUGGACGUCCCAAAACUUCUUCUGGAUCCCGCUCAACGACCUCUGGAAUGGCCAAGGCAUGGGCCGGAGCAUUAUUCGCGGUACUUUGACGUACUUUGGCGCCAAUGUCAGUGUAUCGAUGCCUGCGAUCGAUCUCGAAGUCUUCAAUGGCAACACCAACGCCAGCGGCAACUUUGUGCACCAGGCGGCGCUCGUGCGCAGCCACAUUGGACCUUUUCUCAGCAUCGAUUCGGUCUAUGUCGCUGUGCCUACAGCACUGGCAACGACGUACACUGCGUUUCAAGAUGCGCUGUUUCGUCAGCUGGACGCCGAGCGCUUAUCCACGCUGACCAGUAUUUCGACGACCACCCUCGCGCCAUUGCCGCCAGCGUGGAAAAGUGCCUCCAUGUUCUACGGCGGGAACCCCAUGUGCACGCUGCAUUCCGGGACGUUGUUUCCACAGCAGUCGUUUGGCUUCUUUGACGAUUGCUCGAAAGCGUUGCCGCUGCAAAUCCCGGUGACGGCGAGCGCUAGUCUUUUUGCAGUGCUCGCAACGGCCGAGGCAUCACCGAGUGUCUGCGCGAUGGCGACACCGACGACCGACUGCCUCACCAGCCUCUCGGCGGCAAGCAAUCUUCUCCAACAACUGACGUUUUCGAGCGACAUCACUGCUAGCGUCAGCAAAGCUACAGCGGCUGUUCAAGAUACUCGUGUCGGCCUCAUGCAGUUCGCAACAUUGGCCAACGGAACUUGGAUGCUGCUCCAGCAACCGCUUCUGGAGGCGUCGAGCUUUGAUGUUUUUGGCUGGAUCUUGCUCUUCGAUUGGGUCGCGGGCAGUCGCGAAGUCGUUUCGUUCCAAGGAGAUGCUGGCACUGUCACGCUCAUUUCGGAUGCGUAUGCACCGCAGCUGUACUCGACGGGGACACAACCGCUCCAGACAGCAACCAAAAUUCUCUUCUACCUCAUCGUCGUGACAUCGAUGGUGCUCGUGUUUGUCGGGCUCGUGUCAUUUUUCUACGCCGGUCUCGUGCGCCUCCGCUUCCUCGGUCGCAACCUCUUUUUCUUCAAUCGCGUCGUCGGCGCCGUAUGGAUCGGUCGGCCCCUCGCCUUUCUCCGCGGCGUCACCGCGAUCUUGCUCCUGAGCUCUGCCAACGUCAUCUUUGAAACGCAUCACGGGUACUCGCGCUUUGCGGCAUCGCCACGCCCUUGGCUUGCGUCACUCAUCAUCACCGGCGAGGCGACGUGGGUGACGUACGUGAUCAAUGAAGCGCUUUUGAUUGUGACGCGAGAUGCGACGAAGAUCUAUAGUCCGAUAUCAAGCUGUCUCUCGUGGCUGAUUCUCUUUUGUAUCGAGUUAUCAAGUCCCGUCAAAGUGUCAGCGACGCUGGCUCGAACGUGUGUUGGCACCAACAUGGACUUUGCCGUCUCGUGUACUAGCGGCGUCGUUGCUGUUGGUAGCUUGACUCGCGUCUGGACGCUGAUCGUGAUCCAAGCUGGUGUUGCUGUGGGGAGUCUCGUGGUCGGUACUAUCGUGCAUCGGCGCUGGUUCCAUCGCCCUGCCCGUCAGUGCGACGAUACGCUGCUUGUGUCUGGCGUCUCGCAGUUGUUUCUGUGUACGCAUGCAACCAGUGUAGAAGAAGUAUACACGAUCGACCAUGUCGCGUGCAUUCUUAGUGGGCUCGUUCCGCUUCGCCUUCGCAAGCAAGCGUACACGUUCGACUUGAAGCUGUGGCUCAUUUUGGUUGACGAUUUAUCAACAAGCUCUUUUCUCAAGACAUUCCCGUGUCCUUCCUUGGCGUUCCAGAGCCACGUACCUCGCCGCGCCUCGACGCUCAGCAGUCUCUCGCGCGUUACGUCAAGCCGUCUACAAUCCACAUUGCUCAAGCGAGCCUCCAUGCUUGUGCCAGACAUUGCCAAGAAAGCCCGCGUCGCGCACGUUUGGAUGGUUGUUGGCCUCGGCUACAUCAUUGCCUCCAUUGUGGGCAGCAUUUCGUAUCUCCGAGUCUCUGAAGUCAACCUCUCGAACGACCUCUUCUGGGCCACCUUCAACACGACUGGCGCCCACGCGUUUAUCGCCAACUGGCUCAACGAGCAGCUCGUCCUUGGUCACACAACGAUGCCCAAUCUUGCUUUGGACAAGCCAAGUGCCAACGCGAUGAAGUCGUUUGCGGCGUCCGAAGCCCUGGUCUCAUCAUCCGUCAGCUAUGGCGCCUACCUCCAGCACGAGCCUCUCAGCGACAUCACCGCCACGAUCGUAGGUCUGCGAGCCAUGGAUGCGUGUCAAGCGCCGUGGAUCUUUGCGCCAUAUUGUUUUGUGGACUUCAAGCAAGUGUGGUCAUUGGCCAACUCGGCUCGGCGUGAAGUGCGGUGUCAGUCGAUGUUGGCGAACGGCGCCGUAUACCUCGAGUCGGUCUUACGCAACAUCAACUACGACGACUUUGACGCGUGCUGGGGAUCCUCGUUCGAGAUGGCGAUCGCGUCCGAGCUCCGGCGGUCCGAUGCUGGCAAAGCUUGGCUUCACACCUCAACGGCCGUCAAGAACAAGCCGACCCUCUCGGACGAAGCCCUCUAUUGGCGCCAAUAUGGUAUUCAGCAUUACAAGGUGCAGUGGCAAAACUACAAGCGACUCGGCGUUCUCAACAGCUACGCGAUCACAAACGCGUACGGCAUUGUGUACCCACUGACGCUAACGUCGCAGAACGGGACGUACCGUUUUGGGAGCCAGACGAGUUUCAAAAUGUAUUGGGCCUUCGCCAACGACUUGACGGCAGUGGCAGACAACUCGUCGCGCCUCGCCGGUCGCAGCUUGGUCCGGUCCAGCCCUGAUUUUGCUUUUGCCAACACAACGCUGGGUGCGGUUUUGGUGCAGAACGGCACCCUCGCAUCACCGCUCUCUGCAGGCUUCCAGCUCGUGCAGUCGCUGCUCGGGCCAUAUGGGUCCAUUGACAUGGUGUACGUUCCAGUGCCAGCAUCGGUGCGCACUCUUUUUGCCUUGCUCGUUGAUGUCUCUCGUGCACCACUGUCGAAGAACAUCAAGGCCCAAGCACUCUACAGCGACAUAACGACGCUGGAUGCGUCCUACCCCGUGCCAGGUACCUGGCUCGCACAAAACCUUGUCAGUUUUGGUGGCUCUCCCAUGUGCCCCCCACUCGUGGCCGGGUACGCCAUGUCUGUGGGCCUGGUGAGUGUCGUAUCCUUUGACGCUAUUUGUCUUCGAUCAUCUGGUGUCUUGUCAAAGACCCAACCGUCGCGGCAACAGUACAUUCUCGCGGCACUCCUCUCCAGCCUCCACCUCCAACCUUCGGGGUGGGAUAUGAGCGCAGUGUGCGCCCACGAGCCGACAUUUGCUUCCAAAUGUGUGAAAUAUCUGAGCCAAACGCUGAGCUAUAUUGACGCAUUCGUGCUACCGCUGCCGGCGACCGUUGCGUCGUCACUAACGAGCGCCAACGCUGACGUACGAGCCAUGGAGAUCGAAUUUAUGAUCUACACCAACGUGGACGCGACAGCGCCCCUUUCGAUCCAGCGCCUCAAUCUUCUCGCCCCGACCGAAUCGGACUUUGCCUUUUUUGCGUGGCUCUACCUCUAUGACUGGGUGCUCGGCAACCGUGAAGUCAUCUCGUUUCAAGGCGACGUCGGCAACAUGACGCUGCUCUCGGACCUUGCGACGCCACUCGCGCAGUUGACACAAGGCUGGCAGGUGACCGCCAACGUCGCCCAAUACUUGCGCGCUGGUGUCAUCUACGUCACGGGUGUCAUGAUUGCGGUCGCCUUUAUGGCAGCCAUGUACAUGCUGACAAGUCGUGGUCACUACGAAGGCCUCAACAUGCUCGAGCUCGGUCGCGUCGGGGGUGUCGUCUGGGUUGGGCGGCCGCUCUUAGUACUUCGCAGCAUGACUGCUAUCUGCGUUCUCUCGACGGCGACGCUGGAGCUCCAGUACUCUGGCUACAUGAGUGCUUUCACGACUGUGCGCGAUCCGUGGUACAAGACCCUCCUCGCUGCCAACGAGGUCACGUGGCUCGUUUCGAUCGUCAACGACAUCGCGUUGAUCUUUACGCAAGAGUACUCGACGUCGUACGUUAUGGUCAACGGCCUCGUCGUCUGGGUUGUAGUUGCAGCGCUCACGGCUUUCUCGCCCGUCAACGCCAACACGUCCAUCGACCUCCAAUGCACUCUGGUGCAAGUGGACUUUCAGGCCAUCUGUGAAUCGGGCUCGAUCGAGAUUGGUCAGUUUCAGCGACUCCAACUACUCAUCGGCAUCAUCCUUGUCUGCAACAUUGUGUGCUUUUACGCGGUGAAACUCAAUCUCAAAACAAAACCCACAUGCCACGUCACGUCGCUCUUCCUCUCCUCCGGCGCCAAGUACCUCUACGCGCACAGUAACCGUGUCUACAACGGCGUGUACUACCUCGACCGCGCGUCGGCGGCAUUGAAUGGCAUUCUGAGCCUCCGCAUCGGGCGCACCAUGUACAGUCUGGACAUGAAGAACUGGCGCACGUUUGGUCUCGAGAUCCCGCUAUUGUCAGAAGUGCCGCGAACGCACGCCAUGGCGUCUGCCUUUGACGUCGCGUACCCACUCUUGGAUUGACUAUAUAUUUUUCCACAAGAAACCUCACUUCGAACACAACAUCAGAGUAUCUUCAGAGAUGUAAAGGAGG